GCAGGGACGGGGGAAUCUGGAGCCAGGCUUGUUUGUGGAAAAUCUGGUCCGCUCAGGUGUGCGAGGCGCUGCUGGUGCACAGGCGCAGCGUGGGACCGGGGCGAGGCCCGAGCUGAGGGAGCCGAAGGCGCGAGCUGCCUGCCGCCGCUGCCGCACGCUGAAGCGAGGCGACGCGAGGCCUGACCGGCGCCUACGUGCCGCUCGUCCAGUUCUUAUUUUAUUCCGUGCGUGACGCUCAUGAGGGUUGCGAUUCUUCUCUCGCUGUUUUUUCCUUCCUCAUUCUUUUGCUGGUGCUCCCCCCUUUCACCCACUCGAGCCUGUCACUUCCUCCCUGUCCCCUGCCUGCUCGCCCGUCCUCCCUUCCUCUUCCAACGCUCCCUCUCUUCCUUGUCCAGUUUAUUGCAUAAUCCUGCGUCACCGCCGUCGAUCGUUUCUUCCUCAUCCCCUCUGCUUUGAAGAUCUUCCAGUCUUCGCUUUUGUGGUUUCUUCUUGUGGCCUUGUCCCGAUGGCCCAUCUCCCACCUCGCCGGCAGAACGUGCCGCUCUCUGAUUUACUAAUCUGUAAAGAACGUAGGUGGCCAUGUCUCCAGGAGAGGACGGCCUGAUUGGGAUCCCCUUCCCGGAGCACAGCAACGAGCUCUUAUCCCACCUCAAUGACCAGAGGAGGACGGGGCUCCUGUGUGACCUCACGCUCACGUCCCGCGGGGCGCGCUACCCCACGCACCGCUCCGUCAUGGCUGCCGUCAGCCUCUACUUCCGCCAGCUGUUCGGCGCGGAGGAGGGCCGCGGCGAGGGCGGCGGCGGCGGCGGCUUCAGCGUGUGCCAGCUGGACUGCGUGGCCCCCGACGCGCUGGACGCCCUGCUGGAGUUCGCCUACACCGCCACGCUGACCAUCCCCAGCUCCGGGAUGAGGGACGUGCUGCGCGGGGCCCAGCUCCUGGGCAUCCAGUGCGUGGCCGACGCUUGCCGGGACAUCCUCGGCGAGACGGCGGAGACGGAGGGCGAGACGGCGGGGGAGCAGAGGGCCCAGCGCGUGGCCACCGCCGGUCUGGCGGCGGGCGUGAAGUGCUCCCGGAGGAAAACGGACAGAAAGAAAGUGAAGAAGGUCGAGGCGUAUGAUAUGAACCCGCCUCACGCGUCCCCCGUCUCGCACCCCUCGCCUGCGUCCGACAGCCUGCGCUCUCUGCCGUCGACCCAGCCGCCCAGCCCCGACCAGGAGGAGCAGCACAGACCUCGGCAGAAUGGGGAUCCCAGGGCGGUGAAGGAGCCGGGGAGAGGGGCCGCGCUGAACGGGGAGCUCCCCCACUGGCUGCACGAGCGCCCCCGCCUGGCGCACCCGCCUCCCGGCCCCGACAAGGUGUCGGAGGACGACGAGGUGGAGUCCUUCAACGGGAUGAUAAUGGGAAGCACCUCCCUGACCACCGCUGUGUCGGCCCAGGGGGCGGCGGCGGCGGCGGCGGGAGGCGGGAGGAAGAGGAAGUCUCAGACGCCGCAGCAGUGCCCCGUCUGUCAGAAGAUCAUCCACGGAGCCGGGAAACUCCCCCGACACAUGAGGACUCACACGGGAGAGAAGCCGUUCCAGUGCUCCGCCUGUGGCGUUCGCUUCACUCGGAACGACAAGCUGAAGAUCCACAUGCGGAAGCACACGGGGGAGCGCCCGUACCCCUGCACCCACUGCCCGGCCCGCUUCCUGCACUCGUACGACCUGAAGAACCACCUGUCCCUGCACAGCGGGGCGCGGCCCUUCGAGUGCCCCCUCUGCCACAAGGCCUUCGCCCGCGAGGACCACCUCCAGCGCCACCGCAAGGGACACAGCUGCCUGGAGCUGCACGCGCGCCGGCCCCGGCGCGGCCGCGAGCCGGCGGAGGACGGCGGCGGGCGGCGGGAGGCGUCCAACCCCCUGGAGGCGCUGCCGCUGGGGGCUCACCCCUCCGUGUUCCUCCCCGCCGCGGCGCUGGACGGCGGCGGUGGCGGUUCCGGCGGCGGCCCGGCGCUGGUGUUCCCGGGUGACAUGGAGCGGGAACGCUCCCUCGCCUACCAGGCGCUGGCCCAUCUCGGGCCCCACGGCCUGGCCGCCUACCCCGAGCUGUUCCUGCGGCGGCUGCAGCAGCGAGGGGGCAGAGAGGCGGAGGGCGAAGACCCCGGAGGGACCCACUCGCCCAACGCGCAGCGCCACCAAUGGGUGGACGACGGCGAGGACGAAAUGGGAGAAGAGGAGGCCGAGGAGGAGGAAUAGUUUGUGUAUAUACGUGUGCGUGCGUGAUGAGGCACGAAACAACAACUAUCUCCUCAGGUAGCUGGACUAAUGACCUGCUGCUAACACAGGGAGCGCUUAAGAAUAACUAAAUGAUACAUAUAGAGAGAGUGUGAGAGAGAAAAUGGAAAACGGGUUUUUCAGAUAUUUUAAAUGUUUGUCCCCUUGCUUUUGGCAUAAGAUUUAAUUUGUCUCUUAAAUUUGAUUUCUUAGUUGCUGUUUAAUUUUCCUGUAUUUUAGGUUUGAGCUGUUUCUCGGUUUGGUGUUUUUUUUAUUUCUAGCUGGACAUGCUUGUGUUGAGUGAGUGGUUACUGGGACGCUUUUCACUAUGCAAACUAAAACCCCAGAGCUGUGUCAUGGAAGGAUGUUUGAAGAUGUAUAUUUUACGUACAAAAAGGAUGCAGAGAUUCAGGUGCGAUUCAAGUCACACGUCACGAGACUGAGUUUGCGAGUCCGCUGGCCUCUAGCGGCCGCUGGUGGAGCUGCAAUCUUAUAUCAGUAAUCUUCUUUUCUUUGAUUUGGUGCUUAAACCAAAGAUUUUAGUUGAACCUUUUCUCUUAAAUCAUGACUUAAAGGGAGAGGAGGGAAGUGAAUUGUAGCCAAAAUUGGGUUCACCCCAGCUGCUCGAUAGCCAAGAGAAAGAAUCUACUUUUAUAUUUGAGUGUUUCGUAGUUGUGGGACUCCGUGUUCAAUGCCUGACCAAAACAGAGGGAGUCUGGGUCAAUGAGUUGAUGCUGAUUAUUGUUGUCGGUUCUUCUUUCACCAGUCUGUGGAUUUCAGUCUUCCAGUUCACUCAUUUGGGGCAAGAAACUGGGGCAAGGUGACGGGAUGAAUGACAGGCUUGCUCCUUUUUCUGUAUUUAUUUAUUUAUUAUUAUUUAUUAUGGCUCUUCUGCUGAAACUCUUUCGUGAGACCGAAUCCAGCGCUGGACACAGCACACACACACACACACACACACACACACACACACACACACACACGUCUUCAUGCACCCAGAGGCCGUUUAAGCGGCCGCGUGUCUUCUUUUGGCGAUUCUUCCUUGAAUGCAGUCUUUGCACAUUUAACCCCGUCAGGUACUGCAAUAACACAGGCACAUUCCAAGAAGGGCACAGAGUAGGGAGGACGGUCGGGGGGUAAAAAGGAGCUGUGUGGCAUUUUCAGCAUGCUUUCAGGUUCAUACAAUUCAUAGAGUACUGUAUCACGUUCGAUAGCUUGGCCACUGCUGUGUCUAAAGGGACCAUGGUCUUCUCUUCAACCAAAAACCUGUUCUGUGCUGUUUCACAGUGCUUUCCCCAGAACAGACCUUUACCGGCUGUUGCAGGGUUGAAUCCUGUCGUUGAUAGCUUUAAGUGACCACAGGUUGUUUUUUUGUUUUUUUUUGUUUUUCCUCUCUCUCUCCUCAACCCAUGUGGUCAGAACCUGCUGUAGCAGUUGUGCUGGUCUGGCUGCGUGCACUAUCAGCUCGUCGUUGUGUAGUAAAUCAUUUCUCAUUUCCAGUUUAUUUGCACUAUGAGAUUCGAGAGCUUCAAGCCUUUUUUUCUGCCCUUCAAUAUCUAGUCCAUGAACUCACUCAGACAAUAGAAAUUUAAAUAGUUAAAACUUCUUUGAAAUCAACAUACCUUGAAUAUUAGUACACAGUUGUAGUCAAAUAUAAUAUAUUGGGAUGAAGUUGCCUUAGAUUUUGUUUUUUUGUUUUUUGUGCUGCAACUAUUCUCAGGAAAUCUUGAGCGAUGCACUAAGUGAUUAUACAAAAUAAUAAAUGGGAAGAAAUUGUAUGGUGCUGUAGGGAGACUGACGCUCUUCGUGUAAGGCCAGAUGUUUCAGAAUAAAAGAUUUUGUUUUAUGUGUGUUGGUGUUAAAACACAGUCAUUCCAACCUAUUGUGAAGUAAAAAAAAUCAGGAAAUAAUAGUAAUGAAAGUAAAAUCCUGGCCUUACAGGAACCAGUCUUACUGGAAAAGCAGUGCGACAGUUGGUCCUGUUGGUGAAGGGUGUUGGUGCUCCCACUCAGAGCUUUGUGAAUGAAUGAGGGUUAACUGAUGCCAGCUGUGAAGUGUGUGUUUCUACGUGAGCUGUUUGUUUUCUUGGCUACGGUGAAGGGACCUGGGGUCUGUUAUGAGUAGAGACCCCGCUAUCAGGGAUACAUUUUUGUCUUUCUGUUGUUAGUGGAACUUUCUCAGAGAUAUGAAUUAAUUUCCCCAUCAUUUGUUUCAGAUAAUAUAAAGAAAAUAAAUAUAUCUAAGCUUG